AUGCAAGCAAGGAUGGUGAAAGAAACAAAAUACUACGACGCUUUGGGGGUCCCUCCCAAUGCUUCCGAAGAUGACAUUAAGAGAGCUUACCGCAAACUUGCUUUGAAGUAUCACCCAGACAAAAAUAAGGAGCCUGGAGCAAACGAAAAGUUCAAGGAGGUUUCGGUGGCCUACGAAUGUCUAUCGGAUGUGGAGAAAAGGAGACGCUACGACCAGUUUGGCGAGAAGGGCGUUGAGUCAGAGGGCGUCGGCAUCGACCCAUCGGAUAUCUUUUCCAGUUUCUUUGGUGGGAGACGCGCACGUGGAGAGGCCAAACCAAAAGAUAUUGUUCAUCAGCAGCCCGUGCCCCUCGAAACUUUUUAUAAUGGUAAGACGAUUAAGUUGGCUAUUAUACGUGAUCGGCUUUGCGAUUCUUGCAACGGUUCCGGCUCUAAAGAUCCCAAGGUUUCCUCGCGGUGCGUGGAAUGUGAUGGUCGUGGCGUUAAGAUAAUUACUCGUUCGAUUGGACCCGGCUUUGUUCAACAGAUGCAGGUCGCGUGUCCAAGGUGCGGCGGAAAGGGUACGGAUAUUAAAGAAGAGCAUAAGUGCCAGAGUUGCAGAGGCCAACAGAUCGUAAAGGAUAAAAAGGUUUUUGAUGUUGUUGUGGAGAAGGGCAUGCAGCAUGGGGACAGUGUGACUUUCCAGGGUGAGGGCGAUCAAAUACCGGGUGUUCGCCUUUCUGGUGACAUUAUCAUCAUACUGGAUGAAAAACCCCAUCCUGUCUUCACGCGCAAAGGUGAUCAUCUCCUCAUUCACCACAAAAUAUCGUUGGCAGAAGCGCUAACAGGUUUCACAAUGAACAUUAAGCAUCUUGAUGAACGUGCCAUUUCUAUACGAUCCACUAACGUAAUCGAUCCCCAAAAAUUAUGGAGCGUGAGCAGGGAGGGUAUGCCCAUUCCCGGAACGGGUGGCACGGAGCGAGGUGACCUGGUAAUCAAGUUCGACGUUGUAUACCCGUCCGCACAAAGCCUCUCUGGAGAUGGCAUUGAGCCACUGCGCAGAAUCCUCGGGUAUCCAAAGCAAGAAGAGCCUGCGCCUGAGGCCACGGAGCACACGCUGGCUGUAACUUACGUUGAUCUGGAUAGAGAAGCCAGACGCCGUCGCACUGCCGCGAACGACGACGACGAUGAUGCGGGUCAACAUGUACACACCGGUGCAACGUGUACGCAGCAAUAG